AUGGCAUCUAUGCCUUUAGCUAAUCACUUUAUGUUAAGUAAAUCUCAAAGCCCCAAGUCUAAUUCUGAGUUGAUUAAAAUGAGAAAUGUACGCUAUUCUAAUGUAAUAGGUUUAGAUAUGUAUGCUAUGAUUAGUACUAGACUAGAUCUGUCCUUUGAUAUUUCUCUACUUAGUAUGUUCACGUCUAAUCCUGGAACUGAACAUUGGUCUACAUUAAAAUGGUUGUUGAGAUAUAUUAAUAGUACAUCACAUGUUGGUUUAGAAUAUUUUAAGAGAGGUAAUGCACUUGAUCUUAUGGGAUAUGUAGAUUCUGAUUUUGCAGGAGACAGGGACACUAGGAAGUCAACUACCUCUUAUUUCUUCACUUUUGGUGGAAAUUGUGUGAGUUGGAAGUCUUGGCUACAACCAAUUGUAGAACUAUCCAUAAUUGAGGCAGAAUAUGUAGCAGUGGCAAAUGUGUUCAAGGAAGCUUUGUGGCUUCAAGGAAUACUAUCAGAAGUAGAACUGAUGGAUGGUGUGGUGACAAUAUACUCUGACAAUACUCUAACAACCAAAGUGCAAUACACUUGA